UGGCGUCUAUCCGUAGUCGUCAUUGACGUUUGUCCUGUGUAGCGUGGUGAUUUUCAGUGAAUGGUGAAUCUUAAAGUGCUACCUGUGUGAUCACAGUGUGUAUAAAGUUCAGUGAAAAUGGCGGAGGCAACUGAACCGCCUAUUGAAGAUGUUAAACGGCCAGAGGAUGUGGUUAAAGUGGCCAUGGCGGAUAACUUGAAGUUUGCCGUGUUGAUAGGGCUUAUUGAAGUGGGACAAGUUUCUAACAAGGAGGUUGUCAACACAGUCCUGCAACUGAUUGUAGCGCGAUCUCUUCCACCUCAGAGCCCCAGCGGGCCUGGCCUAAAGGUAAGUGAAGGUGUCGUGGUGUAGUAAGUGGGUCCUUGAACUGGUUUGUGUUGGGGUUCAGUAUGUGUGUGGGUGAGAUUAUCUGCUGCUUACCUGGAGAAGGUUUAGGUCCUGCCUACCACCACCACAAGAGAGACAACAAUAAAAUAAUACUCUCACCAGGUAAGUCAGGUUCUCCAGAUACCAGGUACAUCAUUCCUGAGAUGGGCUAAGGUGCUGGCUGCUGUUAGGCAACCAACCUACCUCCUAAUCCGUCCCUUCCUUAACCAUGAAACAAGGAAUGGUGUGUGAGCGUUCGUUAGUCGUGAGGGGAGACCACAGUCGGUGAGUACACGCCCU